UACAAUGACGAUAACAAAAACACAGCACAGGAAAUGAGGCAGAGAUAAAUUAAAGUUUGCAAAAUUUCCGGGUUGCUAGAAAUAAGAAGAGGAAGAAAAACUAACAAACUCCUCUGUGUCACCUCCACCCUCAGACUCGAUGUUCUGCAGCGUUGCAUUGCAAGACAGCAGCUUCUCCUGAGCCAAACAGUUAAAGAGAGAAGCAGCGAUGAGUUUUUCUGCAGCAGCAGCAGCAACUGGGUUUGUUGUCCUGUUCCUCUCUGUGACAGUGGGACAAGAUGAACCUGACUGGUCAGUAAAAUAUGAUCCAACUCAGAUCUGUGCCUUGAGAGGAUCAACAGUGGAGAUAAAAUGCUCAUAUAAAUAUCCAUCUAGAAUAAAUAGAAUAAAAACAGAAGUUAAAACAAGGUUCUGGUUCACUAAAGAAAACAAUAGAGUCCCUUUGGAUCUGAAGAAAGAUUCUGACUAUAACAGUCGAAUAACUUAUGACUUUGAUAAGAGCAGCAGCUGUAAUCUGACAAUCAAAGAUCUGAAACAAAGAGACUCAGCUGAGUACAAGUUCAGAUUCAUAACAAACCAACCAGGUGGAAAAUUUACUGGUUCACCUGGAGUCACCUUGACUGUUACAGACCUCAGAGUUCAGGUCAGAAGAUCAGAGACGCAGACGGAGCUGAAGUGUGAAAGCAGCUGUGAUCUAACCAAACCUGCUUCAUAUGUUUGGUUCAACAAAGAGAAGAAAAUGAAGCAACAGACUUCGUCUAUAGUCGUCUCAGUCGCAGAUGGAGACAAAUAUUCCUGUUCUGUUAAAGGACAUGAGAAUCACCGCUCUCCCUCUGUGUAUGCUCCAGAGAUUCUCUCUGCUAAACUGAUGUCCUCUGGUCAGAUAACUGAGGGGCGUUCAGUGACUCUGAACUGUAGCAGUGAUGCUAACCCAGAAGCUAAAUACACCUGGAGGAAGAACAACAACCAAUCAGUGGUCAGUAAAGACCAUCAGUUUGUCUUCAGCUCCAUCCUGUCCUCAGACUCUGGACUGUAUUACUGCACAGCUCAGAACGAGCUGGGAAAGAAAACAUCUGGACCCGUCUCUGUCCAGGUCACAUAUGCUCCCAGGCCUCCCUCUGUAUCAGUGACUCCCUCUGGUUACAUCAUGGAGGGCAGCCUGGUGACUCUGAACUGUAGCAGUGAUGCUAACCCAGAAGCUAAAUACACCUGGAGGAAGAACAACAACCAAUCAGUGGUCAGUAAAGACCAUCAGUUUGUCUUCAGCUCCAUCCUGUCCUCAGACUCUGGACUGUAUUACUGCACAGCUCAGAACGAGCUGGGAAAGAAAACAUCUGUACCCGUCUCUGUCCAGGUCACAUAUGCUCCCAGGCCUCCCUCUGUAUCAGUGACUCCCUCUGGUUGCAUCAUGGAGGGCAGCCUGGUGACUCUGACCUGUAGCAGUGAUGCUAACCCAGAAGCUAAAUACACCUGGAGGAAGAACAACGACCAAUCAGUGAUCAGUAAAGACCAUCAGUUUGUCUUCAGCUCCAUCCUGUCCUCAGACUCUGGACUGUAUUACUGCACAGCUCAGAACGAGCUGGGAGAGAAAACAUCUGGACCCGUCUCUGUCCAGGUCACAUAUGCUCCCAGGCCUCCCUCUGUAUCAGUGACUCCCUCUGGUGAAAUCAUGGAGGGCAGCCUGGUGACUCUGACCUGCAGCAGUGAUGCUAACCCUGAAGCUAACUAUACCUGGUACAAGGAGGGAGAGAAGGCACCAAAAGCUUCAGGACAAAACUUCACCAUCACCAACAUUAUAUUGAAGCAGAGGAAAUUAUUACUGUGA